GAUCAAUGAAUUGAUCAUUCUGGCUCCUAUAUCCUGGAAGGACAGAGAAAGUCUUUGACAGAAAAAUGUCAGAAUCAUUCGAAAGCUACAUUACGGUCAGCAACUGGAAGCUAGAUGAAGAUGAAAUCAGUCGUUCUGAUUUUGAAAUGCCCCUCACUGAUUUUGUUAAAGAUCUUGUUUUAGGCGAACUUGAACUUAAGUGAACCAUCUAUUUCAUCUGCUUGAAUAUAUAUAUAUGAAAUACAUAAUUUUAAAGAAAAAGUAAUCUGAAUUAAUUUCUGCAGGGCCUAUAUUGUAGUUCUUUAAUUUAAAUUCAGAUUUUAUUUCAUUAAAUUGUUGAAACUCUUGUACUGUUAUAUCUUAAAAUUGUAUCAUAAUCUAAAGAAUUUAUGUAACAGAAAAAUAUCCAGUUUUUAAUUUUGUCGUGAUAUCAUUUGAUCUCUGUGUAUAAUUAAACUUAGUAAAUUUUUUAAUCACUGUAUUAAUUUAAUUGUUCAUGAAAAAAAUAAUUCGGGUAAUAAAGUAAACAUUUUAAAUAUACGCUGUUAGUAAAAUAAAAUGCCUACAUUGUUACUAGCUUAAGUGCUUCUCAAAGCUAUUACACUGUAAGUCACUAGCUGACACUGGUACCUCUGGUAUCAUAUAUACUACUCAUUUUAAAUACAUUUUCUUUUUUUAAUUGUGCUUCUAUUGUCUAUUAAACAAUUUUAUUCUUCAGAAAUGGAUAGCAUUCCUUUAGAAAUGGAUGACAUAUUUGAUGAACAUGAAGAUGCAGAUGAUUUUAAUCCUGCAAGACUUCCGGACUUGGAAGACGAACUGGAACCAAUGAGGAACUUUCAAAAUGAAGAUAAUGGUGACAAUGAUCAGCAAGGUGAAUAUGUGUCUCAGCCCUAAUUUACGCUUUAAUUUUCUUUCAAUAAAUUUCUUUGCUAAUAUCUUUGGUGCAACAGAAAAAUGAUUUUUUAAUAAUUACCCGGCAUUGGUAAGUACCGGUAACCAUAUACCAUUGAAAGAUUAACCGUAUACCAUUUAAUGAGUGACCAUAUUGAAGUAUCAUUCAUUUACAUAAUUAACUUCAGCAUUGCCUACUCUGCUUUCUUUCAGAUGAUCCAGAAUUAUUGGCAAAAUUGAAAAGUAUGAAAGGUGCUGCAAAAAACACAGUUAAGAGAUCUUACCCCAAACUUGAUGCUAAUCGGUAAUCAUGACACUGGGUUCUCCUUAAAUAAUUAUGAUGGAAAGGGUUGUUUUUUUAAGCUGUUUAAACUUUGUGCAUGAAAAGGUUAUAAAAGACAGAAAUGCCAACCACAUUUAUCAAUAAAGCAUUAAUGUCCUAAAAAAUAAAUAAAUCUAACAUUGGUAGCUGCUAACUCACAUAGUAAAAGAAAAAAAUAAUAAACCAAAAAAAUUUUUUAAACUUAACAUGAACUGAAUGAGAUAGAAAGUAUGCUUUGCUACAUUUAUCUUUGAAUCAGCUUUGCGUCCUACAUUAAUUGUAACAACCCUUCCUUUGUUAAUGCUGUAAUCCAAUGACAAAACACCUUGAUACUUGUAUCAGUACUUCAUCACUUUUACUCUUGUUCAUCCUUUUGUCUACUUUUGUUUACACAUCAAGCCUUCAAAAACUUAAUUACUUUGUAAAUAUGAAGUUUACUGUAAAUUAGUAAUAAAUCUUUUUAUAGAUUUUAAUGUGUGAAAUCAGCUUUACUAUCUUUUAUAACCAAGUAUUGCUGCUUAAUAAACACUUCUGGGAGAGGAGAGUAGUUCUUUUAGAUGGUGUCACUGUAUUUAUCUUUAUAAAAUCAGCAAAAAGAAUUAUCUUUAUUUUGUUUAUUAGUUUAAGUUCUUUGAGAGUUGUUCAUAUACACCAUAUUUAUUGGCAUAUAACACGCCCCCACGUAUAACACACACCUCAAUUUAAGAAGAAAAUUUCAGGGGAAAAAAAACUUAAACAUUAUAUCGGCGUAUAUCACGCACACAUGAUUCGCCCCCUAUUUUCGGGGAGAAAAAGUUUGUGUUAUACACCAAUAAAUAAGGUAUAUAUUUUGGCCACUUCUUUCCAGUACAGUGUCCAUCAAAUAUACAUAAUAAAUAUGUAUUCCUCAUUGGAUUUCUCAAGCUACUUACUAUUUUUGCUCUCUAUUUCCCCCCAGCUCCUAUGCACCACACUGUAUAAAAAAAUAAUUUUGUGCUUUCAUUUUUCUUUGACUUGUUACAUUAAAUAUUUUUUGUCAUGUUGCAAUACAUAUGAAAUAAAAUUUUAAUAUAUAUGUGUAUUUAUUUUAGAUUAACUGGUGAACGUGGCAUUCCCAUAUUGCCUAAAGUUUUUCAAAAUGUUUCACUGAAAGGCAAAAAUCAUGAGGUAAAGAUCAGCUUUUCUUUUUUCUUAAUAAGAUUAUUUAAAAAUAUAUAUAUUUACAGUUCUCCUUUGUUUUUUUUUUAAUGGUUUAUAGUUCUCCUUUUUUAACGGUAUUUUUUAACAUAAUUUCUUAAAAGAAUUUUUCUUUCAUAAUGGGAAUGACCAUCCCAUUGUCUAAAAUAUUCACUAUUAACAAAUCUUGAUGCUAUUAAUUUGUACUUAAGUAUGAUUAUUUGAUGUAAGAAAAACAUUGUAUUGGUUCAUUUUUAAUAUAAUUUGUGCCAUUAUUCUUUUUCUGAUUGCAAGGCAGAAGAUCUCAAAGUGAUUAUGCGCCACCUGGAACAUUGGGGGCACCGUCUGUUUCCUAAAAUGCCAUUUGCUGAAGUUCUUGAAAGAGUGGAAAGACUUGGUUCUAAGAAAGAUGUUCAGGUGAACCAGUAAUAUGGAAAAUAUAUAAUAUCUAAAUAAAAUUAAAAUACCAUGUGAAUAAGUUAACUCUUUUCAGAGAGUUGGAACUCUUAUGAAAUUUGUUUUACUUGUCUAAAAUAUAUCUAGAAAAUAGGUUGAUUUUUUUUUGUUUAAAUUUCAGAAUUGUGUGAAAAGAAUCCGUCUAGACAUGCCCGUGUUGGCCUCUGAAGUAGCAGAGGAAGAUGAGGAAGAGGAUCAGGUACAGAGGGGAAGGCAAAGUGGAACUGAAGAAAAUGAGAAUGUCAGCAUUCGCAGACCGAAUACUUCACCAGAAGAUAGUGUGAGUGAAAACUAAAUUGCUAAAAUGAUCUUCGUUUGUUCUUCAGUCCAAUCUAUUCUUUUGUGCAGCAACUACAAUUUCUAUUUAAUAUUUUUAAUAUAUUUCAAAAUCUUGAACAGAUAGAUGAAGAAGAACUUGAAGACCUUCUGCGAGAUCAGGAAAGGCCCGUCAAUACUGCCAUCAGUGAAAGUAAUAAGGACUCUAUGCCAGAACCUCCAUCUUCUCCUAUCCAUCCUGUUACCACAAGUCUGACCAAUAGAGAUAAUGUAAAACUUUAUUUAUGUAUUUUAAAUAAUAGUUCUGAACAUUAUUUUUUGCAUUGUUAUAUAAUUUUUAUUUUGGUAAUUAAUUUUAAGGCGGUAGGCGCCCGAAAAUAUCUAAAUUUUUCAAAAAUUUUCCAUUUUUUUAUUUUUUCAUUUUUGCAAAGAUGAACAUUCUUAGAAUCGAUUACAUAUCAAUUUAUACUACUUUUUAAAAGAUUUGUUGUGAAACAACUGAUAUUUAACACCCCACCCCACUCUAAAAAUUGACCUAAUUUUGGAAAUAAAAUAAAAUUCAUACAUAUCCCAAGUUUGAGACCUCAAAAAACUAGUUUUAAAUAACAUAAUAUGCUAUUAUUAUAUAUCAAUGUAAAGGUAAAUUCAAGCAGUUUUUUUUAUAUUUAUAAUCGAAGUCAGUAAAUAUAAUUGCUACAGAUAAUCGGAUCCACAAGCGAAGUGUGUGUAGGAUUUUCUUCACUUCUAUUUAUAUAAUUAUUUUACCGAUUUUCAUUGGUCCAAACUGAGGGUAACCAAGAUACGGUUGACUCGAGCAUGCGCAAACGAGUUGUUUAUGUGUGUUUACCGGAUCAUGGUUCUGUGUACAGAACGAAAUUUUGCAAACAAAAGCAUCAGUAUAUUUUGAUUUUAAAAUACACGUUUACAACCUUACCCAUUCGGUAAAAGACAGAAAUUCAAGGUAAGUAUACUAAAAAAAUUACCUUACUUUAGCAACACGCAAUCGGUGAUAGUUGAAAUUAUUCAGUUCUGACGUCAGUACUGUCACUGUGUUUCCAUGAUGAUUGAUCGUGCGUGUGGAUUGUUUGUGAGUUUAUGUUUAGCUUAUGCCUUGCCUUAUGCGGAGAAUUACAUAAGUUUCUACUAUUAGUCUUUAUAUUUACCAAUCAAAUGAAUUCUUAAAUUAUAUGAAUCCUAAGCCUAUUUAUUUAUAGUUGUCUAACAAAACAACAUUGAUAAAUAAUCGAGUAGUUCAAAGUAAUAGUAUAGGCUAAGACUAAGGCUAGGACCAACAUUCAGUAACAACAACUAUCAAUAUGCCGUAAUACUAAUACUACUAUAAUUAUGGUAUUAGCAUUAGCAGUAUGGGCAAAAUAAUUCGUAUUAGUAUGUUUUAACUCAAAUAGUUUAAUCUUAGCCUUAUUCAUUUUUUUUAUCUGCAUACAAUUAUUAAUAGUAAUACUAAUAGCUAAUUAGUUUUAUAUUAUUUCUUAUUUAUAAGAUCAGUUCAAUAGACUAAUAAUAGUAAUUAUAAUAAAAUAAAUAUUUAGUUUAGCAAUCCUAAACAUCUAAAUAAUACUAAUAGGCUUAUUGAGAUCAUUUUCAAUACAUUAUUUGCUAAAUGAUGUUUAUAUAAUUUUUUAAUUCCAUUCCAGCCCCCAAUUAUUUCUACCGAGCCGAGCAAAAGUUAAUUCUUCAGUGACAAGAAUUCUACAGAGGGACUGCUAAACAUUGAUUUCGAAAAGAUCAUAAUUCAAAGCUUUUACCAAAAUUCUUCUGUCUGCAGAGGAAUGGACGAAUUGCAGAAGCCAUAGCUUACAGCUGAUUGCAAAACAAAAUAGUAAAUACUAUGAACAUAACAAUGACUAGAUUGUGAGUGGUUAGAUUGUUCAUAUCAACAACUGGAUAACCAAGUCAUUAUCAAUUAUAGACUCUAAGGCCUUAAGGACAAUGGCAUGGACUAUGAAAAGUUGCAAUCUAGGAUAUCUGCGAUAAACAAUCCAGCUGCACCGCAAAAUUUAUAACCUGCACAAAGUAUAAAAACUGCGCUAUGCCGAAGACAUGAAACAUUUAUGAGCAAGUAUCUGCAAUUAUUACAUUUCUAAUAGACAAAUAACUCAUUCACCUCUAGUAUGAGGGACAUCUUUGAUGAAAGAAGUACACAGAAUAGGUAAAAAAGUUUCAACAUAGCAUUGCUGCCAUGAAACUAUGCUUCAAUUUCAGUGAUGGUGACAGCAACAUAACCUUGUCAUCUAAGCAUCGUUAAAAGGAUCAUGGACAAAAGGGUUGAUUGGGGACUUUGGAUAACUUGUGUUAUAUUAUAAUGCUGAACAAAAAAUUCUAAUACAACACAAUUAGCUUUAUUCCAGAGGAAAAAAUUUUUUUGGUUUAAAAUUGUGAUUUUGACGAGAGCACCUGAUGAAGUUCAAGAAGUUAAAACCCAUGUUCCUGGUGCAUUCAACAGUUCAAUAAUAUAAGAAACCACCAUGUCCAUUUGCUGAACAAAAAAAACUAUGUAAAAGAACUUCAUUUUCAUAUUAAACUUAAAAUUUUUCACUUUUAAAGUUUAAAAUUGAUUUUUCUCAAAAUUGUUUUUUUCUGUUGUUUUGUAACGUAGAAUUCUAAAAAUUUCAGCUAAUAUACAAGCUAGAGUAAUAAAAUUUGGUGUGUAUCUUCCAUUAACUAUUUUGUGGGUAAUGAGCUAUUCAAAAAUCAAUUUGGUCAAUUACUUUUGUUAAAAUAAUUUUUUUCAUAUCCUAGGAUGGUAAAUUUUAAGCGUUUUCUGCAGAGGCAAAUUUUAAAAAUUAAAAAAAAAAUGUUUUGAAAAGUUUGAAGGAAAUUAAACUAGCUCAGUACCUCUAAAUAUAAUGGAAGUUCAUGAAUCAAUCAUUUUUUAAGCAAUAUGUAAGUUUGCUUUUAAAAUUUUAGAACUCUACGAAUGGGUAUUAUUUUCAAGAUGGCCGCCGUUGCCAUGGCAACUAUUUAAUUUUUUUUUUUUUUAAGCAUGAAAAUACAUCUCCAUUCAUAGCUUAACAUCACCAUAAUAAAAUAAUUGCUCUAAGUUGGUUAAUUUAAAAAAAAAAAUUUUUGGGUAGCCUGUCCCCUUAACUAAACAUGCAGUUUUCCAGAAUGGAGUUAUUCCCCUUCUCUUGUCAAAAGAGAGGGUUUGCAUAAUUGGUUGGUUAGGAAGGAGUUGGUUAAUAGAUUUAAAAUAUGUUUUUCCUUUCAUAUGGAUAUUGUUUUGUUUUGUUUCAGUCUGUGAAUGAUGACGUAAAAGCAAGAAUAGAGAGAAAUAGAAAGCUGGCUUUAGAGAGAAGGGCUGCACGAGCUGCUAAAUCUACAGGUUAGUUUAGUCGACUUUCUUUGGAAAUAUGUCAGAAUAAGAGGUGUCGUCCAGUUACUUAAAAAAUUGCUUAGUUUACUUAUUUCUUAUUUCAUUUAAAUUCAAAUUAAAUUGCUGGAAUUUAGUUACUUCCUUCACUAACCCUAAUUAUUUAUUAUUCCCAGAAAUCGGAACUAGGCAGGUCUGUGGGAGUACAUUAGAUGAAUCAAUCAGUCAAAAUGGGCCUGUACCAGAGAUUCUAGAGGAAACUGGAAGAAAAGGACUAGUGGACUGUGAUGGAAACUUAGGUUGUGCAGCUAAAGAACUGAG